AGGGUAACCCAAAGGCACAGGCACAGGCAUGGCGGCGUUGGUGCGAAGUUGCGGCGGUGGAGGGCAUUUAAUUUUUAGAAAUCUGGGCAGACAAGCGUCCCAGCGAGGCUAUGUUGCAGUCCACCAGAGUCUGGGCCCGGGUCACAUCAGGUCUGCACCCAGAAUAACACACUUCACUGACGUCACAUGGAGCUGGCUGAGAAGGAACAACAUGGGGGUUCUGGGUAUGGUGGGGAUUCGGUACAACAGCACAGAUGUAGAAAGGACACAGUCCAAUAUGCAGGCAGCAGAUACAUCAUCCAGCCCUCCUGAUGCAGUAGCACCAAACAUCACAUCUGAAGUACCACCAGCCAUCGCCACUGAUGCCCCACUGACAGAAGUCACUCCUGUACCCUUUGAGACCCCCACUGCCCAUGACAUCAUGCAGGCCGCAGCAGAGACAGGGGUGGAUCCUUCCCUCACAGAGCUGGGGCUGGGAGGAUGGUCACCCAUCUGUCUUCUUCAGUCAUCCAUAGAUAUGUUUCACUCCACAUUGCACCUACCAUGGUGGGCCUCCAUUGUCUGCUGUACCCUGCUGGCCAGGAGCCUGAUGUUUCCCUUGAUUGUGAAGGGACAGAAGAAUGCCAUCAACUUAAACAAUGUCAUGCCUCAGAUUCAGAAAAUGAAUGAGAAGAUUAACGAGGCCAGAACGAUGGGAAACAAGUUUGAAGUUGCCCACCAAACUGCUGAACUUCAGGCAUUUAUGAAAAAACAUGGAGUCAAUCCUUUGAAAAACUUCCUGGUUCCAUUGGUACAGAUGCCUGUUUUCAUCUCGUUCUUCGUGGGCCUGCGGCGCAUGGCUACCCUGCCCAUCAUGAGCAUGGCAACAGGAGGAAUUUUCUGGUUCACUGACCUCACGGCCUCCGACCCUUACUUCAUCCUUCCUGUCAUGACAUCUAUUACAAUGCUGACCAUCAUUGAGCUUGGUUCUGAGUUGGGAGUGGAGAAUCCUCAGAUGAAGAUGAUGAAGAAUGUGAUGAGAGUGGUGUCUUUGAUGAUCCUGCCUCUCACAGCUUCAUUCCCCACUGCUAUCUUCACAUACUGGAUGACGUCCAACACCUUCACCAUUGCUCAGAUCAGCCUGCUGAAGGUCCCUGCUGUCAGACAGUGGCUGAAGAUGCCGAACAAGAUCCAGCAUGAUCCGUCCAGUUUGAAGAAGAGCGAAGGCUUCAUCAAAGGCAUGAAAUCAGGGUGGAAAAAUGCUAACCUUGCUAAUGAGGUGGAAAACAGACAAAGACGAGCAGCACUUAGAUGGAAGGAGGCGGGGACAGGUCCGGUACCACAGACAUUCACUUACGACCCAACCAAGCAGACGCCAGCGGGGGCCCAUGGCAUCAAAACCAAAGGCACAGUCCGCAAAAAGUAGACAAUUUCGAAAUAUAGUAUGAAACAAUCUUGUGUUUAUUGUAGAUUUUAUACAGAAACUUCAAACAGGCAACAAUCAAAAGGUUCCAACAGUCUUGUACAAUGUACAAUGAUUGUUGUGUGCAAGACGGUGCAAAUUCAUCUUUUGUGUACUUAGCAAUACAGUUGAACAACAGGUUGUAUUAUGAUAUACAAAACAAUUUAUUAGCAUAAAGCUUCAGUUUGUGUGAAAAUGUCUCUGUAUCACAUCAAUCAACUUUAGAUGAAAACAAAUAAACUACAUUUUUUUUU